AUGGGCCUUGGUAUCCGCUGGGGCACUUGGAGCACUUGGGGCACUAUAGGAAUCCUACCUCGCGGGGGACCCUGCCCCAGCCGGCUGGACGCGGCUACUAAAGCGGCCGCCAUCGCCCUCGGCGAGCUGCUCCAGCGGCCGCCAUCGCCCUCGGCGAGCUGCUCCGGCAGCCCGGUUUGCAAGAUGAGCGGAGCGGCGGCAUGGACGGGCGGCGGGUCCGAUGCGCUACUACGUGCACAGGCGGAGCAAUGCAAGCUAGUCGAGACGCGCAACGCCCAAGCCAAACUGUCCAGCAAAUCGGCCGCUCAGCUCACGGCGCAGCAGCUCAGGAUUUCCUCGUACCGAAUGCAAGGGCAUGGUGUCGCCGGUAACCGGGUCCCAGACGUGUACGCGCAGAGCCUGCCGCCGUCGGAUGAAUGUGACGCAAGCAACGCCGCGCUCGUCUCUGCCGCCGGCGACGACGCGCUGCGCGAGGAGCGCCAAGCCAUCCUGUCGCUGCCAGGGCCCGGUCUGGGCGCUCUCUAG